AUGCCCGCCCGCGAUGUCGAAGAGAUCUUCAACGUCGAUGCCCUCGAGGGUAUCGACUUAUCCUUCCCCAACCCAUUCCGCAAGCUCGCCAACCUCUUCAAAAAACGCAACAAGGGCAAAGAACAGGCCCGGACGAAACCUGAGGCAGACCGCAAAGACAUCACUGCUCUUACUCCCGUUACUCGCAAGGAAUUCCGCCCACUCGACAUCUGUCGUCAAGGCUGGGGUGAACCCCUUCACCCUUACCCGGAACGCGGUCUACCCGACGUUGCUUCCAUGCCGGCCCCGCGUGCACCACCUCCGAUAGUGAUCUCUGCAUGCGACCGUCCCGACCCCGGACCAUCUUAUCCGACUACUCUAGACUCAAGACGCUCGAUCGCUUCCGAAUCGACCCCUUCAUCGGUGGAAUCAUCUCCUGUCAUCCAUAUACCGGACUCUCCACCCGUUAUCAAGCUGGCUCUUCCAGCCCCCGCAUUCAGCAAGAAGGAUCUGGUUUUGCCUACUACUACUGUUUUAAUCAUGUAUAUGGUGGCUGUCUGUAUUUUCUACUCGUUUGGUGGACGGAAGAGUGUUUGCUACUUGUCUACUCCUGUAUAUGGCGUGUGUAUGACUUGGUAUUGA